UGCGGUGCUUUUUAAAAUGCUUUUUAUUUUGGAUUCUAAAUUUUCAAAUUUAAUUAAUCUAAGCAACUAAAAAAAAUGGCUAUUAAAAAAUUGGAUAAUCGUUUGCGAAUAUUGAUUGAAAAUGGAAUCAUUUUGGGACAUCGAACAAUGUUUGUGAUUAUUGGACCAAAAGCCCGUGAUCAGGUGGUCAUUCUUCAUCAAAUGUUAUCGAAAUCUCAAGUCAAAGCUCGGCCAUCAGUGCUGUGGUGUUACAAAAAAGAAUUGGGAUUCUCUUCACAUCGAAAAAAGCGAAUGCGAUUAUUACAGAAAAAAAUGAAAUCCGGAGUGGAAUUGGACAAUCUGGAAGAUAUGUUCGAAACAUUCAUAGCUCAAACUGAUAUUCGUUAUUGUUAUUAUAAAGAGACACAUAAAAUCUUGGGCAAUACGUAUGGAAUGUUGAUAUUACAAGAUUUCGAAGCCAUUACCCCGAAUAUAUUGGCUCGAACCAUUGAAACGGUGGAAGGUGGUGGAAUCGUAUGUGUUCUAUUGAAUCAAAUCACUUCUCUUCGACAAUUAUACACAAUGACCAUGGAUGUUCAUACUAGAUAUCGAACUGAAGCUCAUCAGGAUGUAGUGGCCCGAUUCAAUGAACGAUUCAUAUUGUCAUUAUCGUCAUGUAAAAAAUGUGUUAUUGUCGAUGAUAAACUUGAUAUUGUUCCCAUUUCUUCUAAUCUAAGUGAAAUUGUUGCUAUACCUCGAAAUGAUUCAACCGAACUUUCCGCGGAACAAAUCCAAUUAAAAGAAUUGAAAGAAUCUUUAAAAGAAACUCAACCAAUUGGUUCCAUCGUCAAUCUAUGUAGAACUUUGGAUCAAGCACAAGCAGUAUUGAAAUUUAUUGAUGUCAUUUCGGAAAAGACACUUUCAUCUACUGUUUCUUUGACUGCUAGUCGUGGUCGUGGUAAAUCAGCUGCACUUGGCCUAUCGAUCGCUGCUGCAGUUGCAUUCAAUUAUUCUAAUAUUUAUGUCACUUCUCCAUCACCGGAAAAUCUAAAAACAUUAUUCGAAUUCAUUCUAAAAGGAUUCGAUGCCAUUUCAUUGAAAGAACAUCUCGAUUAUGACAUCAUUCAGUCGACAAACGAAGAAUUCAACAAAGCAAUCGUCCGUGUCAAUAUCUACCGAGAACAUCGUCAAUGUAUUCAAUAUAUACAUCCUGCUGAUGCGGUGAAAGCAAAUUUUCUUGCACAAUCGGCCGAAUUGCUAGUCAUCGAUGAAGCUGCCGCAAUACCUUUACCGAUCGUUAAAUCAUUGAUUGGACCAUAUUUAAUGUUCAUGUCAUCCACCAUCAAUGGAUAUGAAGGCACUGGUCGUUCUUUGUCAUUGAAAUUACUUCAACAACUUCGACAACAAAGUCGUCGAUCAGACAAGCAACCGAAAAAUAAUCAUGAUGAUAACAUUAGUGGUCACGGUAGAGUUUUACAUGAACUAACUCUUAAUGAAUCGAUCCGAUACAAAAAUGGUGAUGAUGUUGAACAAUGGUUAUAUCAACUUCUUUGCCUGGAUGCUGCCACCGCUGGCUCUAAUGAAGUUUCAGAAGAUCUGAAAAUUGGUAGCGGUGGUUGUCCAUUGCCAGCUGAUUGUCAACUGUAUUACAUCAAUCGUGAUAUACUUUUCAGCUAUCAUAAAACAUCGGAAAAUUUUCUUCAAAGAAUCAUGGCCUUGUGUGUAUCGUCACAUUAUAAAAAUUCUCCGAAUGAUCUACAAAUGAUGUCCGAUGCACCUGCCCAUCAUCUUUUCUGUUUAUUGCCUCCAGUAACAUCGAAACAUUUGAAAAAAUCAAAAAUUCCCGAUAUUCUUUGUUUCAUUCAAGUUUGUUUGGAAGGCGAAAUCUGUAAAGAUUCCAUUAUGGCAAGUUUGUCUCGCGGACAACGAGCCAGUGGUGAUCUUAUACCAUGGACGAUUUCACAACAAUUUCAAGAUUCACAUUUCGCCUCAUUAUCAGGUGUUCGAAUUGUUCGUAUAGCAACUAAUCCAAAUUAUCAGAAAAUGGGCUACGGCACACGAGCUUUACAAUUACUUGAAGAUUAUUAUCGUGGUCUUUAUAAUGUUGAUUUAAUCGAAUCGAUCAAUAAUGUGGAUGAUGAAGCAAACGCAGAGGACAGAAUAAAAACACUUGAUGCACCACUACUUUUGGAUCUGAAAGAACGUAAAGCAGAAAAAUUAGAUUAUUUUGGUGUAUCGUUUGGAUUGACACAAGAAUUACUUAAAUUUUGGAAAAAAUCUGGUUUUAUUCCAGUCUAUUUACGGCAAACAACAAACGAACUUACGGGCGAACAUUCUUGUAUUAUGCUUAAACAAUUGAACAACAAUUCUAUCACGACAAAUAAUUGGCUUCAUGAAUUCUGGAUUGAUUUUCGUAAAAGAUUCAUUUCGUUGCUUUCUUAUGAAUUUAGUAAAUUUUCCACUACGUUUGCCUUGAACAUUUUGCAAAACGUCUCAUCAUCCACCAAUGAUCAAACGACAACAACAACAACAGCAACAACAUUGAUCAAAGAUGAAUUGUUCAUCCAUAUCAGUGUUUAUGACUUGAAACGAUUAGAAUUGUAUUCACAGAAUUUAGUCGAUUAUCAUUUGAUCGUCGAUCUAUUGCCCACUGUUACGAAGCUUUAUUUUCUCAAUCGAUUCGAUCCAUCGUUUCAUCUAUCUCAUGUACAGAACGCUAUUCUUUUAGGCAUUGGAUUACAACACAAAAAUGUUGAUACCAUUUCUGAGGAAUUCAAACUUCCUGCGACACAAAUAUUAGGCUUAUUUAGUCGAAGUAUCAAAAAAAUGACAAAUUAUUUCCGUUCAUUGUGUGAAAAAGAAAUUGAAGAAUCUUUACGCACGAAAAACUUGGGUCAAGCAUCAUCAUUGAAUCCACUUGAACAAUCAUUGGACGAUGAGCUCAUCGAAGUGGAAAAGCUCAUCAAUGACGAUGAACGUAAACGAAAGAAGCAGCUUGCCAAAGAUCUCAGUCAAUUUGCUAUCAAAGGAAAUGAAGAUGAUUGGGAUCGUGCAUUGAAAGAUUCACAAAAGACAUUGAUAUCGAUCAAAAGUUUGGCAACCAAAACGACAACAAACAUUAAUACCAUGGAUCAACAGCAAACAACUCAACAGAACAAAAGAUCAGGCAAUAAUAAUAAAAAACACAAGAAAUUUCGAAGGAAUUAA